GGAGCGGCGCGGGGCGGUGCGGAGGAGCCUUCGCCCCGCGCUGCCAUUGCCCGGGCGGCUGUCAGUCAGGCGGGGAGCGGCCGGGGAUUGGCGCCGGGCUGGUUACGCAGUUGCUUUGCGCGCACAUACAAGGGUAGGGCCGGGGGUAGGUGAUCAAUCCUCAUCAGGGCCGCGGCUCCAUCGCCCCGACAGCGCGGGCCGCCGGCAAGGCGCUCCGGCCUCGCCUCCGCGCGGGGAAGAAAUCCGCCUGGCUCUCGAUCCUCGUUGUUGUUUUGAUUUUUUUUUUCCCUUCGUUUUUAUUUUUCUCUCACUUCACCUGCUAUCUCUCGAGGACCUCGUGGCGGUGACGGCAGGACUGAACGAAAAAACUCUUUUCACGCCGACUUUGUGCUCCGUUUUUAAAUUGUCGUUGGCUUUAAUUUUUUUUUUUUUGCCUGUUAUUUGGGGAUUUUUUUCGGGGACUCUUUUUUGUCAGUUUUUUUCCCUUUCAUUUCUCCCUUCCCCACCCCAUACAUUCGAUUUGAUUUUGAUAUUUUUUUUUUCCUGCCGGACUUUGGAGGAAAACUGCCCGGCUUCUAGCAUGAUGUCUUACCUCAAACAGCCCCCUUACGGCAUGAACGGGCUGGGGCUGACGGGCCCCGCCAUGGACCUGCUGCAUCCCUCCGUGGGGUAUCCGGCCACCCCGCGGAAGCAGCGGCGGGAGCGCACCACCUUCACCCGCUCGCAGCUGGACGUGCUGGAGGCGCUCUUUGCCAAGACCCGCUACCCAGACAUCUUCAUGCGGGAAGAGGUCGCCCUGAAGAUCAACCUGCCCGAAUCCCGAGUCCAGGUCUGGUUCAAGAACCGCCGCGCCAAGUGCCGGCAGCAGCAGCAGAGCGGCGGCGGGGCCAAGAGCCGUCCGGCCAAGAAGAAAUCCUCGCCCGCUCGGGAGAGCUCGGGCUCGGAGAGCAGCGGGCAGUUCACGCCGCCGGCAGCGGCCUCCAGCUCCGCCUCGUCUUCCUCCUCCAGCUCGGCCUCCUCAGCCCCGGUGGGCGCCCCGGCCUCUCUCAGCACCCCGGCGUCGUCCAUCUGGAGCCCGGCUUCCAUCUCUCCCGGCGCGGCGCCCGCGGGGGUGACGGUGCCCGAGCCGCUGCCGCCGGCCGCCGCCUCCUGCAUGCAGCGGGCCGGCCCCGCCGCCUCGGCCGCCUCCGCCUCCUACCCCGUGUCCUACAGCCAGGGCGGGGGGUACGGCCAGGGCUACCCCGCGCCGCCCUCCUCGUCCUACUUCGGGGGCGUGGAUUGCAGCUCCUACCUGGCGCCCAUGCACUCCCACCACCACCCGCACCAGCUCAGCCCCAUGGGGCCCUCCUCGGUGCCGGGCCACCACCACCACCACCCGCUGAGCCAGAGCUCGGGCCACCACCACCAUCACCACCACCACCACCACCACCAAGGCUACGGCGGCACGGGGCUGCCCUUCAACUCCUCCGACUGCCUGGACUACAAGGAGCCCGCCGCUGCCGCCGCCGCCUCCUGGAAGCUCAACUUCAACUCCCCCGACUGCCUUGACUACAAGGACCAGGCGUCCUGGCGCUUCCAGGUCUUGUGAGGGACCGGUCACCUUCCCCCCAAGCUGCCACUGACCCCCACCCGGGGACUCCCCGCCGCCUCCCGGGCAGGACUCUGGGCUCUUCCUCCUCCUCCUCCCUCUUCGUUAGCAGUGGCGAUGUCCUGGGGAGGUCCUGCCGCCCCCAUCUCUACUGACUGAUAUUUAUUUGCUUCCUGCACCACUCCACCAGGUUUAUUAUAAUUAUUAUUUUUUUAAACGCAACAGAAGAGGAGUUUAAAAAAAAAAAAAAAAAGAAAAUUCAAAAGCCAA